UGUUACUGCUCUGCCGCAUCGUCAUGGGUAGCCAUUAAAAAUCUACAAUAAAGUAUAAAUUAAUAAUGUACUACUUAAUGUUAAUGAAUCUAAAAAUAAUUUAAUUCAACAUUCUCCUAUUUUAUUCUUGCGAAUUCUGAUAAGGUUGCCUACGUAAGACCUUGAGUCAUUGAGGAAAAUCAUAAAAUAACCUAUAUUUGGUAUCGUUAACUAGUUCGUCAAGAAUUAAAACAAAAAAGUAUUGUGAGGUUAACUCGGUAUGGCAGCCAUGUUGCAUCGGAUCCUGAGUAGUGGGAGAAUUCGACCAGUUUCGCUGGUUAAAAGUGUCGAAAGGAGUACAGCAUCUGUUGCUUCACGAAAAAUUAAAAUGGGAAAACUUACCGCAGAAGAAAGAGAAAAUGAUCUUAAACCUAUAUUAAAUAACGGAUGGACGGUACAGCCAACAAGGGAUGCAAUUUACAAAGAAUUUAUCUUUGGAAAUUUCAAUCAGGCUUUUGGUUUUAUGUCCAGAGUAGCAUUACAAGCUGAAAAAAUGGAUCAUCAUCCAGAGUGGUUUAAUGUUUACAACAAAGUACAAAUCACUUUGUCAUCUCAUGAUGUAAAUGGAUUAUCUAAGAGGGAUGUGAAAUUGGCAAAUUUCAUUGAAACUGCAGCCAAGUCUGUGGAAUCAUAAAAUAUAUCACCCGAUACCUUAAAAUGUCUAUGCAAACUGUUUAUACUUUUCUUUCAUGCCUUUGUUUCUGUAUGACAAUAAAUGAAUAUAACUAUUAAGGCAUUGAAACAAAAUGCAAAU